AUGCACCCCUAUCUCAUGUCACGUUCUGAUCCACCUCUGUGUUCUGUUUUCAGCACAUCUUAUAUAAGGGUACCCGAUGAGAGAGCCAUAUUUGCUGAGCAUCUGGUUCACGGGACACUCUCCACAAUGCACUACUACACCUCGGCUUUGCUUUUGGGAGUGCUCGUUGCCUGCACGGGUGGCUCGAUCCUCCGCGAUUCCCGAACGAGCGAGUGCUUCCCCGGCUUCUACCAGUGCGACACGGGCGUCUGCAUCCCCGAGUCCGACCGCUGCGACGGGGUCUUGAACUGCGUUACCGGAGACGACGAGAUGAACUGCGAAGCGACCGAGAACUCGCCCAGGGUCGAGGAAUGCUUCCCCGGUUAUUACCAGUGCGAUACUGGGACCUGCAUUCCGGAGUCGUUCGUGUGCAAUGGUAUAGCCAACUGCGUUACGGGCGACGACGAGAAGAACUGUGGCCAGACGGGGAACAGCACUUCAGAAGUCCGUGUGAAGUGCAGUUCCUUCUCCUACGAAUGUGCCGGAGGAGUGUGUGUGCCUCUGGAUAAAGUGUGCGACUCUCUCU